UGGAGGUCAUUAAACGGUCUUUUCCCAGGAACACUAAGUGGCAGUCUUGAGAUUCCUUUGGUGGCUGUCUCCUUUUUCAGUUUCUUGAGGAAGAGUAAUGGGAAAGGAAGGGGCAGUGGAAGGUUUCCACUUAGGGACAAAGCCAGACUUUUAGGGAGUAGCAGGGAGAAGCUUUGAGGAAAGGGUCUCUGUUUAGACUUCCUGCCUGGCCUUGAGUGUGGGCCACCUUGGUUCCUUUUUGCCUCUUCUUCCAGGACAGGAUUCUUAAGCCCUGAAGGAUGGCGGCCAUGUUGGGGGACGCCAUCAUGUUGAUCAAAGGCUUUGUCAAGCUGACCCAGGCGGCCUUGGAGACCCACCUGCGGCACCUGGGCCUCAGCGGGGAGCUCCUCAUGGCGGUCAGGGCCCUGCAAUCCACUGCCACAGAGCAGGUUGGCGUGGUCUUUGGGCAGGUGCAGGGUCAGGAGAAGCCUGAAGAAUAUUACUCCGAGAGCCUCGAUGACCCGGAAGGAGCAUUCCACUUCUCAGGGAUGAGGGCCGAGAGCGCCUCUGCGGAUGUCUCCGCAGCCUCCUCCCGGGAACAGUCACCUCCGCCCUGGGCUCAUGCCGCAGGCAGCGAGGGCCCGGCUCCUGCCUAUGUUGCCAGCGGACCCUUUCGGGAAGGCGGGAUCCCGGGCCAGGCCGCCUCCCCUCUGGGCAGGGUGAAUGGGAGGCUCCUCGCAAGUCCCAGAGACCCAUUCUCUGCCCCGGGCCUUCAGCGGAGGGUCUACCACCAGGACCAGUCAUCCAUGGGCGGCCUCACGGCUGAGGACAUUGAGAAGGCCCGGCAGGCCAAGGCUCGCCCCGAGAGCAAGCCCCACAAGCAGGCACUCAGUGAGCAUGCUCGCGAGCGGAAGGUACCAGUUACACGGAUUGGGCGGCUGGCUAACUUUGGAGGUCUGGCCGUAGGUCUGGGCUUCGGGGCCCUGGCUGAGGUUGCCAAGAAGAGCCUCCGCCCCGACGACCCCACAGGGAAGAAGGCCGUGUUGGACUCCAGCCCCUUCCUGUCGGAGGCCAACGCGGAGCGCAUCGUGCGCACGCUGUGCAAGGUGCGCGGGGCAGCGCUCAAGCUGGGCCAGAUGCUGAGCAUCCAGGACGACGCCUUCAUCAACCCCCAUCUGGCCAAGAUCUUCGAUAGGGUCAGGCAGAGCGCAGACUUCAUGCCGCUGAAGCAGAUGAUGAAAACUCUCAACAAUGACCUGGGCCCCAACUGGCGGGACAAGCUGGAGUACUUCGAGGAGCGGCCCUUCGCAGCCGCCUCCAUCGGGCAGGUGCACCUGGCCCGCUUGAAGGGGGGCCGCGAGGUGGCCAUGAAGAUCCAGUACCCUGGCGUGGCCCAGAGCAUCAACAGUGACGUCAACAACCUCAUGACCGUGCUGAACAUGAGCAACAUGCUUCCGGAAGGCCUGUUCCCCGAGCACCUGAUCGACGUGCUGCGGCGGGAGCUGGCCCUCGAGUGCGACUACCAGCGGGAGGCCGCUUGCGCCCGCAGGUUCAGGGAGCUACUGAAGGACCACCCCUUCUUCUACGUGCCCGAGAUCGUGGACGAGCUCUGCAGCCCCCAUGUGCUGACCACGGAGCUGGUGUCCGGCUUCCCCCUGGACCAGGCCGAGGGGCUGAGCCAGGAGAUCCGAAACGAGAUCUGCUACAACAUCCUGGUACUGUGCCUGCGGGAGCUGUUCGAAUUCCACUUCAUGCAGACAGACCCCAACUGGUCCAACUUCUUUUAUGACCCUGAGCUGCACAAGGUGGCUCUUCUGGACUUCGGGGCAACUCGGGAAUUUGACAGAUCCUUCACCGACCUCUACAUCCAGAUCAUCAGGGCUGCUGCUAACCAGGACAGGGAGGCUGUACUGAAGAAAUCCAUAGAGAUGAAGUUCCUCACCGGCUACGAGGUCAAGGCCAUGGAAGACGCCCACUUGGAUGCCAUCCUCAUCCUGGGGGAGGCCUUUGCCUCGGAGGAGCCCUUUGACUUUGGCACCCAGAGCACCACCGAGAAGAUCCACAACCUGAUCCCCAUCAUGCUGAGGCACCGGCUCGUCCCGCCGCCCGAGGAGACCUACUCCCUGCACAGGAAGAUGGGCGGCUCCUUCCUCAUCUGCUCCAAGCUGAAGGCCCGGUUCCCCUGCAAGGCCAUGUUCGAGGAGGCCUACAGCAACUACUGCAGGAGGCAGGCCGAGCAGCAGUAGCAGGACCCUCCGGCCUCGGUCCUUGAGCCGCUGAAACUAGUAGGAAGCUGGUGGUGCCCGCGCUGCAUUUAAACUUUGCCUGGUGGGAGAGGGUGGCCGGGCUGAUGGGGGGACGCUGCUCGGAGCCCGUUGCCCGCGCUUAUACACGGUUUUCUUGCUAAGUGGCUGUGGGGUGAGAGAAGCAAGGAUGAAAAUGCAGCCCCACUACUGUCUGUCAGAAUCUGCUUAUUGUUUAGUAAUCCUCUAAAAUGACUCGAUAAAAAGACAAUUUUAUUUCCUCUUC